UCCUGUGCUGGGCGCAAAACCAGCGACUCUUUAAAUUAAGUCGGACCGACUUUUUCUAUCGGAUUGACAGCAGCAUGACAGGAAGACUCAACAACAAAAUGUAUUUUACGUUGACGGAUGAAAAGCAGAUGAAAUUGAUCAUGUUAGCCUUGAGUUAAAGUGUCGCAAUGAAAAAAAUCAAUACAUUUACCGGUUUCUCAAAUUAUGCGUCCAAGCCGUCGAGUUGCGGCUCAAGCAAUGGAGAGCAGGUUUGUAUGGUGGAUUGUCGGCGAAUCGCACCGAACGGUUCGUUUGACACCCCGUGCAGGUGUGGAUCGGAACUAUGUACCUGUCGCUCCGAGCAAGAUUCCACGGGCGGACAUAGGCCUAAUAAAUCUAAGGAAAAUGGGGGUCUCCCUGAAGGAUGGCUACCUCAGAGACAUGCCUUUGACAAUAUGGCCUUUGAGCCUGGGAGCCCAAAUGAGCUUCACCCCCAUUCGGGUCACUUUUCCCGGGCAACGCUCAGCCUCUCUGGCCUAACCUCACCUUCUUGCGUCCAGGCCAUCCACACACGGAUAUCAGCGCUGAAGGGAGUAGCCUCACUCUCUGUCUCUCAGGCCAGUAGCUUAGCUUGGGUGGACUAUCACCCUUCCGCCGUCACGUCCAGGGAGAUCUGCGAGCAGAUCAAGGCGAUGGGGUACGGGGUGAAGGACGUAGCCGUGACAGGGGAGACCGGAGUCGCGGAGUCAGCGGUGGACGAGGCCCUGGUUAGGAUUAGGGUGGAGGGAAUGACGUGCCAAUCCUGUGUGCGCUCCAUUGAGGGAAAGAUGGGUACGCUAGCUGGGGUGCUGGGAAUCUGUGUAUCAUUAUCUGAUAAAGAAGCAACUGUGUCCUUUGACUGUGGGAAAGUUCAACCAGAGGAACUACGAGUGUGUAUUGAAGAAAUGGGAUUCGAUGCCGCUCUGAUGGAGACGACCCCACUAAAGAGCCCCCAGGUUGCAAAUGCCGCACAGGACGCUAUGGGAGGUUCAAGAGAAGUGACCUUGGGAGUGGAAGGGAUGCAUUGUGGGUCAUGUGUAAAUAACAUCACAAAGAGUGUGUCUGACAUGCUUGGGGUUCACUCUGUAUUGGUCUCCCUGGAAAACAAGAGCGUGAAUCUCAAAUACGACAGUUCUCUUAUUACUUUGGAUACAGUCAGAGGCAUUGUGGAGGGUCUUCCACCAGGGAAUUUUCGGGUGACCCUUCCCGGAGGGACAUCAGAACUUUCUAGGCCUUUGCUCAGGACUGGUGACCCUGUGAAUGGUCAAAGUUCCAUCCCAAUUCAAACAGUCGAGAUAAAGAUUUUAGGAAUGACUUGUAACUCCUGUGUACAAUCCAUAGAAGGGAUGAUUUCCCAGAAGCCCGGGGUGCAUUCCAUAAAGGUUUCUCUGAAGGAAGAGAAGGGAACUGUCACAUACAACCCCAGCCUGACCAGCCCUGAAGGCAUAAGAGAGGCCAUUGAUGAUAUGGGCUUUGAAGCAUCUCUUCAACAAGGUGGUCCUGGAUCUUUGGAGAAUGCGUUAACAAAUGAGGGGUCAUGUGAUAAAAAGAUAUUUGACCUCAGGUACCCUUCCCCACCUGACACCACCCCCAAGUCCCCAACGUCCUCUAGUGCAGCUUCUGGUCCUGCAUCCAUCACCCCUGGUCCAAAGGAAGGGAACACCCAAAAGUGCUUCAUUCAUGUGACAGGCAUGACAUGUGCAUCCUGUGUGGCUAACAUUGAGAGAAACUUACUGAAGCAUAGAGGGAUUAAAUCGGUCUUGGUAGCCCUGAUGGCCGGUAAGGCAGAGGUCCAGUAUGACCCAGAGGUCCUGGAUGCUGCUCAGGUUGUUCAGCACAUCUCCAGUCUUGGUUUUGGUGCGUCACUGAUGGAGGAAAAUCCGGCCAAAGAUGGGAUUCUGAAUCUUUCUGUUACUGGUAUGACUUGCGCCUCCUGCGUUCAUAACAUUGAAACCAAAUUACUCAGAACCAGAGGUAUUCUAGAAGCCUCAGUUGCCCUGGCAACCAACAAAGCUCACGUGAAGUUUGACACAGAGGAGCUUGGGCCGCGGGACAUCAUCAGAAUAAUCGAGGGACUUGGCUUUGGGGCAUCUGUGAUAAGACACAACGGUGUAGGGAAAAGGAGUGGCUUGGAUCACCAAAGGGAGAUUCGGCAGUGGAAACAGUCCUUUUUGUUCAGCCUGGUGUUUGGUAUCCCGGCAAUGGGGCUAAUGAUCUAUAUGAUGGUGAUGGACAGUCUCCACAAAGAACACGGUGGCUCCAUGCCUAUGGACCAGAACCUCUUACCGGGCCUGUCCCUCCUGAACCUGGCCUUCUUCUUGCUCUGCACCCCUGUUCAGAUUUUCGGCGGCCGUUACUUUUAUAUUCAAGCAUAUCGUUCCCUGAGGCAUGGCGUGGCCAACAUGGAUGUCUUGAUCGUCUUGGCAACCACCAUUUCCUAUGUCUACUCCUGCACCAUCCUAUUGGUGGCCAUGGCCGAAAGAGCGAAACAAAGCCCUGUCACCUUCUUCGACACGCCGCCGAUGCUGUUCGUUUUCAUUUCUCUCGGCCGAUGGUUGGAGCACGUUGCUAAGAGCAAAACAUCAGAGGCUCUAGCCAAACUCAUGUCCCUGCAGGCAACAGACGCCACCAUAGUCACGCUGGGCCGGGAUAACUCCAUCAUCAGUGAGGAGCAGGUCUCGGUGGAGCUGGUCCAGAGAGGGGACAUAGUGAAGGUUGUGCCUGGGGGAAAGUUCCCUGUGGACGGGAAGGUGAUUAAUGGGACAUCCAUGGCAGACGAGUCCCUCAUCACUGGAGAACCGAUGCCGGUCAAGAAAAAACCAGGCAGCUGUGUGAUCGCUGGCUCCAUCAAUGCCCACGGGGCCCUGCUGGUGGAGGCCACACACGUAGGGGCAGACACCACCCUCAGCCAGAUAGUCCGACUGGUCGAGGAGGCUCAGACCUCGAAGGCGCCGAUCCAGCAGCUGGCGGACAAGCUUAGUGGCUACUUCGUCCCCUUCAUUGUCAUCGUCUCCCUGAUAACGCUGGUGGUCUGGAUCGUCAUCGGCUUUCUGGACUUCGACGUCGUGGUCAAGUACUUUCCCGGUUACGACGAGAACAUCCCGCGGACGGAAGUGAUCGUGCGGUUCGCCUUCCAGGCUUCCAUCACCGUGCUGUCCAUAGCCUGCCCCUGUUCGCUGGGCCUGGCCACGCCCACUGCCGUUAUGGUCGGAACCGGCAUAGGAGCUCAGAAUGGCAUCCUCAUCAAAGGCGGAGAACCCCUGGAGAUGGCCCAUAAGAUCCGUACGGUAAUGUUUGAUAAGACCGGCACCAUCACUAACGGGGUCCCGCGCGUGACCCGGGUGCUGGUACUGUGGGAUCAGGCACGACUGCCCCUCCGUACCAUCCUGGCGGUGGUGGGCACAGCUGAGGCCAGCAGCGAGCAUCCUUUGGGUAUAGCUGUCGCUAAACACUGCAAAGAGGAGCUGGGGACAGAGUCUCUUGGAUACUGUCGUGACUUCCAGGCAGUUCCGGGCUGCGGGAUCAGCUGUAAAGUGUCUAAUGUAGAGGACUUACUGCAGUCUACUGAGACCACACACACACAGGCCCAGACUCGUUUGACUCUGCACGGAGUCACAACGGACGAGAGCAGCCUCACUGCCGAAGCAGAUACUGAACCGGGUGGUCACGUGUAUUCAGUGCUGAUUGGAAACAGGCAGUGGAUGAGAGCUAAUGGGCUCCACGUCACAGCUGAUGUUAACGAAGCCAUGACCAGUCACGAGAGCAAGGGACAGACCGCCAUUCUAGUAGCCAUAGAUGGCGUGCUGUGUGCCAUGCUGGCCAUAGCUGACACCGUGAAGGCUGAAUCAGCCCUGGCCGUGCACACGCUUCGCAGUAUGGGUAUCGAUGUGGUCAUGAUUACAGGGGAUAACAGACGCACAGCCAAAGCCAUUGCUACACAGGUGGGGAUUAGAAAAGUCUUUGCGGAGGUCUUGCCCUCACAUAAAGUGGCAAAGGUACAGGAGCUCCAGGCGAGGGGUCUGAAGGUUGCCAUGGUGGGCGACGGGGUAAACGAUUCGCCCGCCCUCACCCGGGCUGACCUGGGCAUCGCCAUCAGCACGGGCACCGACGUGGCCAUCGAGGCAGCUGACGUGGUUCUUAUUAGGAAUGAUCUGCUGGACGUGGUGGCCAGUAUUGAACUGUCCAAAAAGACAGUGCAGAGGAUUCGCAUUAACUUUCUCUUUGCUCUCAUUUACAACCUGUUUGGCAUUCCUAUUGCAGCAGGUUUGUUUAUGCCUGUGGGGUUGGUCCUCCAGCCAUGGAUGGGCUCUGCAGCAAUGGCAGCUUCCUCUGUAUCAGUGGUGGUUUCAUCUCUGCUACUGCGACUGUAUAAGAAGACGGCGGCAGAGGUGUACGAGAUGAGAGCGCAGGGUCGUAUGCAGAGUCUCACCUCGUCUCAGGUGAGCACCCGCGUGGGCCUGGAGGAGCGUCGCCGUAGCCCCCAGGCCGCUCGCGGUGCCUGGGACAGGAGCAGCCAGGGCAGCCAGCAUUCCAGGUCCUCGUCCCAUUCCUCACGGAUGGCCGCCGGACAUUCCCCAGCCCUGCCGGCCACGCCUCUGGAUCGCCGCUCUCUGCUAGAGUAUGACGAAGGACAGAAUGAACUCAUAGUGUAGCCCUGCCUGUGUGUGUGUGUGUGCAUGUGUGUGUGUGUGUGUGUCUGAUUCUUAACCUAAAAUGCCUCAUACAAGUCACCUUUCAGUCAUUUCCCUGAACUGUGGCAACUCAUUUUAGUUUUCAAGAAGGAAUUCCAGCUGCCUUUCAAACAUUCUCUCAGUUUUAUUUCAUUUGGGAAUCUUUACACAAAGCUAUUAUGUGGUUUAAUUUCAUCUUAUUGCGUUUUAUCUGAGUUUCUCCUUCAGUGUCUUCAGUUUGUGUACAAUCUUGUUAAGUCUGUAUACUGUUUUGACAGUCCCUGUGUUUUUAAAAUGGCUGUACAUACUGUAUCACCGCUGUGCAAGCAUUGUCAGGGGAAAUAAUCAAUCUUAAAAUUACUAACUUUAUAUAAAAAAAAACACAAGCCUGCCUUACAGCUUUUUAAGCAUCAUAUAUUUUUGUCAAGGAUGGGUGAAUGUAUUUUACAGCUAAAUAUUACAAAAACCAAACAGCCUGUGUUAAAUUAUACACUUUAUACGAACCACCAUUUGCAA